AUGGCCGCCCAUCGGAUCAGAGUGACCAACAACAACAUUGCACUGCCGCGCUGCAAGUCAGAGGGGACACUCAUUGACCUCAGCGAUGGACUGUCUGAAUCCAACUGUCUCACAGAUGUCAAAGGUACGCUAUGAGGUUGAUUAUUACAUGUUAAUUAACUGCGUAAAAUACUUUUUGAUUGUGUAAAUAUACAGUCAUCACAUGACUACGAUAAACCUUACGUUGAGAUAUUCUGUCGUAAUAUUGAUUCUCUGAUAAGAUUGCCCUAUUUUUUGAUGUUCUGUUUUUCCAGUGCCUUCUCCUAGUGCCUUAAGACUGGACGCCACUGCCUCCUUUGGCACUGCUAGGGAAGUUGUUGCUAUUAAGGAUUACUGCCCCUCCAGCUUCACCACCCUCAGGUUCUCCAAGGGAGAACAUCUCUUUGUGCUGGACACAUCGGGUGGAGAGUGGUGGUACGCCCACAACAGCACUGAGAUGGGUUACAUCCCCGCGGCAUACGUCCAGCCCAUCAACUACCGGGACUCCUCUUUCAGUGACAGCGGUAUGAUCGACAGCCUAGGAGACUGCUCUGUGGAGGAGGGAGCGAAGGAGCUGGACCUCCUUGGAGAUUGGACCGGGGUGAUCCUGAAACCUACUGCCCCCCAAAACGGGAACCCCUUUGCCCCCCAUCACCAGCCCCUUAGCCGUAGCUCCACUAAUCCUUUCCUCAACGAGGCCCUUCAAGGUUCAUUGGAUCAGAACAGUAAUGAGAACAGUAAGUCAGUGGACCUUCUUCUUUUUGAUAACCUAGCCCCCUCUGUCCCACCAAACUCUACCAGCGUCAACAUCAACGGCUUUGGCAGUGGCAUCUUCGAUCUGAAACCCAUCAGCCCCAGUUUGGGAGUGGGCCAGACGUUACGCAGGGACAACCCAUUCUUCAGGAGCAAGCGAUCCUACAGUCUCUCAGAACUUUCCAUCCUGCAGGCUCAGAAUGACGCCCCGCAGGCAUCCUCAGGUUUCUUUGGAGGCAUGAAAGCCCCUGCACCUGAACAGUUCAAGAGCAGAGAGGAUUUCCGGGCGGCGUGGCUCAAUCACCGCAAGCUAGCCAGGUCCUGCCAUGACCUGGACUCCUUGGGUCAGAACCCAGGCUGGGGACAAACACAGCCAGUGGAGACCAACAUUGUGUGCCAUUUAGACAGUUCUGGAGGGGCCGUCCAGCUUCCAGACACCAGCAUCAGCAUCCACAUCCCGGAGGGCCACGUGGCCCCUGGAGACUCCCAGCAGAUCUCCAUGAAGGCCCUGCUGGACCCACCGCUGGAGCUCAACAACGACCGAACAACAACCGUAAGCCCUGUGGUGGAGAUCAAGCUCGGCAACAUGGAGACCAAAACCACUGUCACCCUUGAGAUGAAGGUGUCUGUUGUGGUGAAGAAGGAGAGCAGACAGACGACAGAGGUCAUAUGUGUGAGGAGUGACUGCAAGGAGGGGCCCUACACACCAAUCCCCCAAGCCUAUAUGUAUGAGGACACCGUCCAGGUCUGUCUGGAUAACCUUGAGCCCUGCAUGUAUGUGUCUGUUGUGGCCCAGGCCCAGUCAGUUGCUCCAGGAACCACUGUUUGGGACAACGUGGUGAAGAAGGUCACCCUGGGUGUCUAUGGGCCCAAACACAUUCACCCAUCCUUUAAGACUGUAGUGGCCAUCUUCGGCCAUGACUGUGCCCCAAAGACAUUACUGGUGAGUGAGGUAGGGAAGCAGGCCCAAGCCACCCCUCCAGUGGCUCUUCAGCUCUGGGGGAAGCACCAGUUUGUCCUGGCAAGGCCCCAGGACCUUCGGGUUGGUGUUUACUCCAACAUGGCCAACUAUGAGGUAAAGGCCAGUGAGCAGGCCAGGGUGGUCAGGGGGUUCCAGGUAAAACUCGGAAAGGUUAGCCGGAUAGUCUAUGUGAUCGCCUCACGCACUGCUGAUGAUGUCUCAGAUUUCACAUUGCGUGUCCAGGUCAAGGAUGACCAAGACUGUAUUCUCGCCCAGUUUUGCGUUCAAACUCCAGCACCUCCACCCAAGACCGGUCCACAAACAUCUGUGCAGAGGCGCUUCCUGAAGAAGAAGGAACUAGGGAAAAUUGUCUUGUCCCCUCUGGCCAUCACUACCAAGUACCCUGUGUUCCACGACCGACGAAUCCGCAACCUGAAGUUUGGCAAGUUGAUCAAAACAGUCAUCCGUCAGACCAAGAACCAAUACUUACUGGAGUACAAAAAGGGGGAUUACAUUGCCCUUCUGAGCGAAGAGAAAAUCAAAUUGAAGGGACAGUUGUGGACUAAGGAAUGGUACAUCUGUUACUAUCAGGGUAGAACAGGGCUUGUCCAUGCAAAAAAUUUUCUGCUGGUGGGGAAAGUAAAACCCAUUUACUUCAGCGGGGCUGAACUAACCACUUCACUCUUACUGGAGCAGGUCCUCAAGCCCUGCAAGUUCCUGACGUACAUCUAUGCCUCCGUGAGGACUAUACUGAUGGAGAACGUAGGAAGCUGGAGGGCGUUUGCCGAUGCCCUGGGUUACGUUAACCUACCGCUGACACACUUUUGCCGUGCAGAGCUGGACAGUGAGCCUGAGAGGGUGGCGUCUGUUCUGGAGAAGCUGAAAGAGGACUGCAACAAUGCAGAGGGCAAGGAGAGGAAGUCCUUCCAGAAGGAACUCAUGACCGUAAGUAAUGACCAAGGGACUUGA